AUGCUGUUACAACCUUUUUGGAGAGGCAGCCGAUGGACACGGCUUGUCGGGCCCAUCAGAAGAUGGAAUUCUACCGGCACGAAUGGAGGAGCACCUUUUUCCUUUAAGGACAUAUCAAACCAAGAGGAGAUCACGAAUAUUUCGUAUCCUUCGUCUCCUAGCACCGUCUCGACGAAGGCAAAUGGUAAUAGUGAGGUUUACAAGCCCCAAGAAGAAGUUGUCAAGUACAUUCUGCAUGGCAAGUUUACUAAAAACAACACGCAUUUGACAUUUUCAAGCGUGAUGGAGGACAAGAACUUCCACAAGAAUAAGGGGCUUACGUAUAAUGAUACGAUGCUGUACUAUUUGAACUUGCCUCAGAAGGUGAGAAUCUCGCUAUCUACAGGUUGUUUAGGGUUCAGGAAAGCUGCCAGAGGGGAAUAUGAAGCUGCAUUUCAAACCAGUAGUAGGAUGUUUGAAUUAAUUAAGGAUAAGAACAUGCUGAAUAAAGACAUAGAAGUGGUGAUGGACGAUUUUGGGAAGGGCCGUGCUGCUUUUAUUUCCGCUCUUGUUGGCAAGGAAGGCGCCAAUGUGGUGAAAAAGGUUGUGAAGAUCAGCGAUGCUACCAAAUUGAAAUUUGGUGGUGUGAGAUCACCAAAGAUGAGAAGACUAUGA